AUGAUCACCAACGUCGACGAGAAAGAGAAUCUCGCGCGCAUGCAGCGCGGCGAGCUCUACUACGCCUUCUCGCCGGAUCUCGUAGCCGCGCGAAAGCGAUGCGCCCGUGUCAUCAGUCGUCUCAACAACUCCGGCGAACUAAGCCGUCGCCAACUAGCCGAGUUCUGGAGAGAAAUAACCAACGACCCAACACCACUCCCAGAACCCGCCUCGCCCAACCCGUCUGAUGAAUCCGAAGACGCCACCUUACACGCCUACCCAUGGAUCGAACGCCCCAUGGCCAUGGACUACGGCACGAACAUCAAAGUCGGCAGCAACGUGUUCAUCAACUUCAACUGCACGUUUGUGGACACGUGCCUCGUGUACAUUGGUUCGCGAACGCUCGUCGGUCCGAACGUCUCGUUCUAUAGCGGUACGCAUCCGACGGAUCCGUAUUUGCGGAACGGGACGAAUGGACCCGAGUCCGGGAAGCCGAUCUCGGUUGGUGACGAUUGUUGGAUUGCGGGCAAUGUGACGAUCUUGCCGGGGGUGACUAUUGGGGAGGGAUCGACGGUUGGGGCGGGGAGUGUGGUUACUAAGAAUGUGCCGCCGUUUCAUGUUGUGGCCGGGAAUCCGGCGAAGAUCAUUCGAAAGAUCGAGCCUAUGGCGAAGCCGCAGAACUAG